UAUGCGCUGGAUACAGCAGACAGUAUGGCGGACAGCGAAAGUGAUUUGGAAACAGACGGGCUAGAAUUAGCCCUGGACACGUUGUGCGAUAGACAUUGCAGCAACGAGUCGUCUCUGAAGAGCAAAGGCUAUUGCUCUGAGUUCUGUGAGUUGGUGGAGGAGUACACGGGGCAUUGGCAAGUUCCUCUCCCUCAGCUGAAGGUGCUGCGGACCGCACUCUGCAGUUUCACCAAAGCCACCGUGGCCUUCCCUGAUGACUGUCAGCACAUCCACUAUGUCCUCAGCAGUAUGGCCUUGAGCUUUUUUGAACUGAUGCUGUUUUUCAGCAAGGAAGAAUUUGUGGAAGAGCCUUUAAAAGACAUUCUCGAUUCCUUUCAGGAGUGCCACUCUCAGCUCCUGAGGCACAGGAACAUCUACCUUCAGCAUGUGAAGCUGAUCAUCAAAGCAGGAGGCCCGUGGGAGAAUCUAGUGCUGCAAGGAAUCCUGAAAGAGGCGGACUUACCAUUGAAAGAAGUUGAGGACUACUUAAGCUCAGAGUUGCCAGUGUUCUUCGAGCUGCGGAUUCGCUAUCUGCGAGCCUGUGACCGGAUGCAAGAGGCAAUGGCCCUGGCUAAAAGCUGCCUGGAAAAUCGCGAGGCUGGAAAGCAUCUGUACUUCCAUCAGGCCUAUCUGACGUGCCUCUACAAGGCCUCACUGCAUGAGCACUUUCACAAGGAGAUGGCAGAGAUAGAUGGGCGUGAUGCGGUGGAGAUCAUCUGCAACACGGAGAGCGUUGAAAAAGAUGAGCUUCUGUUGUCGCUGUGUAAAGCUUUCCUCACCCAGCAGCUACACAAUGGAGACAUGUACUACAUCUGGGACCUGGUGUUCAUCUGGAGCAGGUUGCAUCUCAGGGCCCAUCCCUCCAGACAUGGUUUCCUGGCCGAGUGCUUGCAGUUGGCUUCUUCUGCUACUAACGUCAGAGCCAUCUUCCCCUUCAUCAAACUGGUCACCACAGAGCUGGGGGUUGAAGGAGUCCAGGUCUGUGUGGAGCUUUGUGCCAGGGCCUUGCAGCUGGGUGACAUGCAGGCCGACAGUGUCACCCGGUCCCUCGUCUGCAAGACCAUCGCCUUCCUGCUGCCUCAUGACCUGGAGAUCUGUCGAGCGUGUGCCCUGCUGGUCUUCUGCCUGGAACGCACCCUGGACGCUUACCGAACCGUCUGCCUGCUUUACAUGCACCCUGACCAGGAGCCGCACCUCCACAACAGCCCCGUCCGAACCAACGUUCGCUUCCAUAUUCUGCAGAUGCUCAAGGAGCGCCUGUGUUUUGACCCGGAGUUCUGGAACCUCUUGACCCUCCGGACCCACUGCUUGGGGUUGAUGAGUGACAAGGUCAUGAAGGCUGCUGUUCUCAGUGAGAUGGAGGAGGAAGAGGAGGAGAAGGAAAACAGCAAAGAGCUGUUGAUAAAUACGUGUGUAAAUGACUCAAGCACUCAAAGUUUGAAUUCCUGCCAGCGCGCUGUGGAGGGAGAGACUGAAAAGUGUGUCGCCCCAUCAAAAAACCCUCUUCUGAAGAGGAGGAAAUGGAGGAAAAGCCUACGAAGGAGAAAGCAAUCCAUGUCUGACGACGAGGCCGACCGCGGCGACGAUCCAGAGUUCAAAUACAAUCUCAAAUCCUCCUAUGGCAACAAGCCUGUGUACUCACUAAGACGCAUUCACGUUAACAUUGAAAAUGCAGCUAUCGUAAAAGCCCCGCUAAACCGCAAGAGGGAAUACUUGUCUAGAUGUGUGAAGAGCCAAAUUCUGAAACGGAAGGGUCGGAAGAAAAGAUGGUUGCAGGGUCUCCCGAGGCUGGAGCAGGUGCAGACAGUCAAAAAGAAGAAGGUCACAGUUAAAGAGAAGAAGGUCAAGGGUAAAGGGAAGAAACGGGGACGGAAGCCUUCACAGAAACUGGAACUCUCCUACCCUGAAAACGAGAUACCCCUCACCGAGGAAGAGUCUGGUUUUGAGGAGAUAACCGACACAGAAGACAGAGAGCCGGACAUGCCUCACCUGGAGAACGAACUUGAACAAAAGAGUGAACAGAAAGAGAACCAAUUUGAGCAGAUGGAUAAUCUCGAGAGGGAAAGUGAACUUGAGAAACAUCCCGACUUGGUCUCCGGUAGCGGUCUCGAUGAACAAACCCAAAAGGAAUCUCAACCACAGUUCUGUGACCGCCGAGCUGCUGUUCCUUCCGUCGAAGCUGAUCCUGAGCUCGAUGGUCCACCCUUAGAGUUAUUGGAUUGUCCGAUAGAAGUGCUGCACAGCUACUCUCUCAAAUCCAAAAAGCCCGACGGUGAGACACCAGAAUCCCUGGCACAAGAUGAGGUGAAUGGCGGCACGGGGCAGGAGCCCCAACCCACAGUGGAAGCAGAGGAGUCAAACACUGAGGUGAAAGCCAAGAGAACGUGGAAGGACCGAGUACUCCGCACUCAACAAUACUCCCACUUGAUGUACCACUGCAACUUCUGCCACAAAGACUAUAAAGGCUUGAAUGUUAUGAGGCAUGCUCUGUCGCACCUUAAGAGCAGGAAACUGAAAUGUAUACUCUGUGGAAAACACUUUAAACAGCUCCCCUUUGCCAAAAAGCAUAUUCUGGACCACAUCGAUGAGAUGAGCAAGCAGAAACCCCCCGAUAAGGAGCCGUGCACCGAGGACAGUCCAGCCGCUAAUGGAAUAGUACACAAUGUGAAACCUCCGAACGAAAAUCCGACUUCCAUUUCCGUCGAGGAAACUUCUGAACCGAAACCCGGAGGCAAACCUAAAGUGUCGAGUCUCAAGAGGGAAGAUCGAAUCCUCAGGAACCUCCGCACACUCAUCAAAAAGACAUCCGUGCUUCACAAAAAGUGCAAGAACCCCGAUGCGAAGAUCUUCAAGCUGGCCGAAUUCAAGGACGAGCAGGUAGUCAUUAAAGAUGGCGUGGUGGUCGUAAGAGAUCUGUCUGUGAUGGAGGAGAAGCCAGCAGCAGUAAAUGGCUUCGGUGUGGACACGUAUCACUUGUGCCCCUCAGAGUCCUGUGAUAGAGUAUUCUUGAGGAUUAGCACCACGCUAACAAAGCACGCUAUUAAAUGCCACAUCAGCGAAGAAAAGGUGCUGGAGAAGACCUUUGUGUGGGCCAAACACAAGUGCACCCUAUGCCUCAGGCAGAUCCAGUUCCUCCAGCACUACAAGGACCACAUGAAGCUCCACGACACCGCUCUCCAGCACUUCUGCUACCACCUGGAGUGUGACCAGCGCUUCUUGACGCUGCAGGAUUUAAAGGACCACGUCAACACUCACCAGCCCUUCAGACCUCAGUGUUCAGUCACAGACUGUGAGAAGCUUUUCGCAAACUUUCAAGGUCUCUACGACCAUGAGUGGAGACACUACAUCCCGGCACCUCAGAGAGAGGAACUCGAGGUGGGACCCGGCAGACAGAUGACGCAAAACCCAGAAGCUCCGUGGAAGCAGAGAGUGAAGGUUGAAGAUAUAUGGCUUCAGAGUAAAAAGGGGCAGAGAGAAAGUCCGGCCCCCGAUCCCACCGAGGCCUCUAAUCGUGAGGGUUUCAGAGAAAUGAACAAAACCCAAGACCAGCCUUGCAAAGUAAAUGUCCCAGACAGUAAUCAGGACCCGUCUAGACCGCCUAAUUGUUCAGAGAACACAGUCGGUCAUGAGCCCGCAGACGACCGCAAAGCCGCCAUCAAUGGGCAUGAGGAUGAGACGAGACACAAAUUGUUAGAGGGGAAGACGUCCCAUACCGGUGCUGCUACAGCAACUCCAAGUAAGAGCUGUCGAAAACGAGUGCCGAUCGUGUGGGACCCCUUGAAUGUCCGGGACCUUGAGGAUUUGUCCACUUUGGCCGAGGGAGUGCAGAAGACGCUGGGAGAGCCGCACAUAACCGAGCACAAAUCCUUCAAACCUGAAGAUCCCGCGUAUGCAACUUUUGUCAAAGCGCCCUUCAUCCGGCCGCCGCCGUCCACCUACCUGGACGAGUCCCGGCUCUCGAUGCGCAAGAGGCGGUCCAACGACGAGGUCGCUCCGAGGAAAAAUAUUUACUGGAACAACAAGAAAAACAAGGAGCUCGUCCCAGAAGAGCAGCAGCCGGCGGAUGACGUGGCCUCUGUGCAGAAGAGCCGGCAUCGCUGUGACAAAUGUCUUUCCUCUUUCAGCACUUUGGAAGAGUUCCAGAAACACCAAGCCCUCAACACCUGCUCAUCACUCUUUGGCUUCGAUUCAGACGACGACAGUUAGUGUUGAGAGGAGCUGUGACAUUCUAGAUGACAGAACACUGGAACCCUUUCUUUGUACUCCCACACAGUACCACAUACCAGUUUGUAAACAAAGGGGAAAUAUGUGCCAAAAUUAUGUAUUUUAUGAUUUUUUUUGUCUCUUACUUAAAUUGAGAGAAACAUCAUCGGUGAGUCAAGAAGGUAAAACAAAUCUGUGAGGAAUAUAUAUUUAUAUAUAUUAUGUAUGAUGAAUUAAUAUUUAUUUGCCUUUUCAAUCAACACUAGUUAUAAAAACACAAUUUUUUGUUUUCUCACCAAAUUUAAAAUGUCUGGGAACUGACAAACGAAUUAUGGCCGAAGACAACCUCCGUAGACACACGUUCUCUGUUACGUACCGCCUUAAGAUACGUCGUAAUCACAGUAUUCCUAUGUUAGGCCACAGGACAGGUUUUUUUAAUGACAAACGUUUGCUGGACUCACUAUACUGUGGUUAAGUUAUAACACAUGGUAUAUGUAACUGAAAUAAGUAUUUUCAUUCGACCUAUUGACACCGAGUUUUCUUUGUGGAGUUAAAUAUGUCUUACAUCUAUUGUAAGCCUCUGAUUUGUAAGAAUAUAGACAAAACAAUCACCAAAAUGUCUUUAAUGGACAAUUUAUUUUACCGUCUUAAAUCAUGUAUUUUGGGAAAAGAUGGGUUGGCAUUUUUUGGCUUUGAAUGGUUUUUUUCUCCUCAUGCUUUGCUGGUGGCAGAGGGUGUCCUCUCACAUUCCCAAAGGGACUUCUUGAACAUCUGGUUCUUCCAGCUGUGGCGUUCAACAUUAUGCCAAAUGGCUCCAGCGUAUGAUUUCUAAGUCCCGUCCAAAUUUUGUCGUUCACAUGCAGCUUAUUAAAAACAGUCCUUGCAACUGUAUGAAAUAUUGUGGAAAGUCAUUUUGAUUGGAGGAAAGAUGAGCUCAAUGUGUGUUAAAAUAAUGUAGUCUUCCUCAUGAAUCAUGCACAUCCCUGAGCUUUGGUCUUUGCAGAGAGGAUGUAUACAACAGGAGAGAUGUGCUGGUGUAGUCUCUCGUACCGUUAUCUCAUACAGCAGGUCUUCAAACCGUUAGAGGUGUUUACAGCUAAACUGGUGUGGGCUGCUGUUUGGGGUUGAAAGCAGGAUUGAGUUUAACUCUGGAAUCACGUAUUUAUAAGCUGUGACCAAAAUGUCUUGAAACAUAUAAAUCUGCCUUCAUGCUGUCACACGAUCAUUCUCUACAAUAUGGAAAUGAUUCACCGUUGCAUUUGUGCCAAGACUUAAUCAGUGUUUGGUCUGGUAAAGAUAAACAAUACAUCUGUCAUACAGUGCCAGAUUGCUUUAAAUUUCAAGUUUUCUUUUUACUCGGAUUAACUCCACGACCACGUCUGUCGACAUGUAGAAUAUCUGUGUAUAUACUUUUGAGAUGGUUGAUCUGUUUAAUAACUUUUUGAUGUAGCGUUUUUAUGGGACUGCACACUUAAACCUGCUUAUUUAUAUGUACAAAUGUUAAUAUUGGAUUUGUAAAGGUAUUGAUGAUUCCCUCUAUUUUUGUUAAAGAAAGUGUUUGAAUAAACAAAUUAAACUAAAAGUCUGUCAUUGCCGAUGAUAAUUAUGGUAUUGGUUAAUAUUUGUUGCACAUUAUUCCUGUAGAUCAACCCUUUUGUAUCUGUGUGUGUAUAUAUAUAUAUAUAUAUAUAUUACAUGCAAUGAGAGAAUACAGUAAAAGAGGCAGCAGACAUAUUUAUUUAAGUUCAGCAUUGCAUAUUUAGCAUUCAUAAACAUAUUGCUUUAUUGACCCCAAGGAAAGAGGAAAAUAGAAUAUUAGAAUUGCUUGUUUAAAAAACUUUUUGCAUCACAUGUUCCUGAUACACGAGGUAAUGUAAGUACAGGGAUCAUCAAUGUCGGGGAAACAAAAGCCUUUUUCUUCUCUCCAUUUUAUCCCACGACGUGUCAUAAAGCCGACGGUGCACUUUCACCGUCUGCAGCUAAGCCGGAGGUGAUGUUCGGGUCAAACUGACACUUUGAAUUGUCUUAACUGGGAGGAUGAGUGUUGAGGGCCGACUACUUCUUAUGGCUGAGCUCAGAGGGUAGAAACAAAGCAGCGACUCCUGCUACAGGCCGCCAUUCAAAUGCAUUCCAGUUUUAACACAUGCUUAUUCAACCUCAUGAUGUGGUGCUGCUUAUAGCGUAAAGGACAAACUGACAGUUACAGUAAUGUGCAUGUGUUUUCAAAAGAGUAUGGACUGUGCAGAUCAACAACAUGCAUCAUACAGUGCAUUGAUGACAUCAAGCCACUCAAUGUUGUUUCUACUCACAUUUUCUUUUGACCUGAGAUAAGCCACACACUAAUAAACACUAUAAUCAUAUACAGUCAUUAAAUGAAGUAGAUGUGUGGUCAUCACACUGGAAGAGUUGUGUCAAUAAGGGAAGUCUUACAAACGUUUAAGGUAAAACGGAAAACUGAUUCAGUUGAAAUUCAGUGACGAAAGAAGAAAUGAAGGAGGUCCUGUACAGUGUGGUGUGUGUGUGUAGGCACACACACUUAACACACCAAAGAAACUACAACCUCUAAUCAACACAUGAACUGCUACAUUUAACUCAAGACUACUGAAGUCCCCGCAGACACUGACC